UAGUCGUGCGGGUUGUACGUGUUUUAAUUCGUGCGGCAAAACGCAACGGUCGAAUAUCGAACAAGAAUUCGCGGGUGUGUACGGAGAAAGCUAAAAAUAAAAAUACGUUCAUAAAUGAUAACUAGUAGAUAAUAACUGUACUCGUAAAACAAUAUACGAGACAAUAGGACCGCGGUGAUGAAACGAAAAACGAACUCACUGUUUAACUAGAAGUUUCUUUCUCGAACACUUGAGAUAUAAGUACAGAUUUGUGUUACAUAAACAAGAAAGUUGUCACGAAAGUGCAAACAUGACGCCCGGCCUCGCCGAAGAUAUUGGGAACGGCAAUAACAAUGUCGUGCCGCUGCUGCCAAGAACAACGGUGGAAUUGGAGUUCAGAAACAUCAAGUGUACUAUUAAUACAUACAGUCUCAUUAAAUUUAAAAUGGAACAAAGACAAAUCCUGAAGGGAGUGUCAGGAUGCUUCAAGCCAGGAGCGCUAACUGCCAUCAUGGGUCCGUCGGGUGCGGGCAAGACAACGCUCUUGAACAUACUCGCCGGGUAUUCGACGCAAGGGGCUAAAGGUGAGAUAGCCGUGAAUGGCGCGUGUACCUGCGCCUCGCAGUCAAGCGGACGCGGCGGUGCACGAUACAUCCGCCAGCACGAUGACCUACGGGCGUAUCUGACGGUCUACGAAGCAAUGUCUCUCGCAGCUGCUCUUAAACUGGCCGACUUCUCAAGACAUGAAAGAAAGGAAAAGGUUUAUGAAAUUCUAGCUCUUUUGGGUUUAAGCGCUGCGGCGGAAACACUAUGCCGUGACCUGUCCGGAGGCCAAAAGAGAAGAUUGGCUGUAGCUUUAGAAUUGCUCUCAGAUCCAUCCCUCAUGUUCCUGGAUGAGCCUACUACCGGCUUGGACUCAUCUGCAUCGGCGUCGUUGAUAACCUUACUGAACAAUCUCGCUCGAGGAGGUCGUACACUAAUAGCUACAAUUCAUCAACCUUCUGCCCUCAUAUUCGAGAAGAUCGACAAUGUGUACUGCCUGGAGGCUGGUAGGACUCUGUACAAUGGGCCCAGAGCAGCCCUUGUUCCGGCACUCGCCAGGGCCGGUCUACAAUGUCCGUCAUACCACAAUCCAGCCGAUUUUCUAAUGGAAGUUGCGUCCGGUGAAUACGACGUAGACCUUAUAAAGGUGGCAAAGAAGAUGAGUCAAUUCAAAACAGACGACGCUGUCAAUGGCAGCUGGGUAGAGAUUCCAACCAUACCAGCACUGCCUUCUUCUUUAGAUAUAAGUACUGAAAUGAAGUCGAAACAUUUCGGAGAGAGUCCCAAAAUGCGUAAACUCUCAAAGAACAUAUACAAGCCAUCAGGGCAGGUCCGGCAGACUGCCAUUUUGCUGUAUAGAAACUAUUUGAUUACUACAAGAAAUUAUGCUCUAUUCAUGUACCGGGUUGCUGCUCACGUUGUUAUCGCUUUAAUAUUUGGAUAUCUUUACUCCGGAGUCGGCGGCGAAGCUAGUUCAGUACUAGGGAACUAUGUAUAUCUGUAUGGAUCGAUGUUGCUAACCGUGUACACUGGAAAAAUGUCCGUUACAUUAUCAUUUCCCUUAGAAAUGGAAAUACUCAAAGGCGAAUACUUCAAUCGAUGGUAUAACCUGGCGCCGUAUAUAUUUUCCAUAUUAGCAGUCGAACUACCAUUUCAAAUGAUAUCCUGCGUGUCCUAUGUCGUUCUAUCGUAUUGGUUGACCGACAACCCGUUGGAGCCGACGCGAGCAACGUUGUUCUUGGCCACAAUCGUAGCCACGUCUUUAUGCGCACAAGCCUGGGGAUAUUUCAUCGGUUCGACAACACCCACAAAGAUCGCAGUGUUCAUAGGACCAGUGCUGGCGUGUCUGUUUUCAGUAUUCGGAUUCUGUCUCGCACUAUCUGACACGCCACGCUACUUCCGCUGGCUCCACUACAUCUCGUACUUCAGAGCCGGCUUUCAUGUCGCUGUUUACUCCGUUUACGGUUUUAAUCGAAAAAAACUUCAAUGCUCUAAACUAUAUUGUCAAUUCGUAACGCCAAAGACCUUCUUAAAACAAAUGGACAUGGAAGAGGUGGACAUCGGUGGAAACAUGACUAUAGUUAUAUUAACUACAGUGUUAAUGCAUUUAUUAACGUGCGCUGCUCUUUGGUACAGACUUAAUAAACGAUGACAUAUUUCAUUAAGAAAAAAAAAGAGCGCCAUAUUAAAAAUGUCGUAGACCAAGUUUUUGACAACGCCAAACCAGUGGUUCUUACCGGCCCGCUGGGUACGCAUAGUACACUCACGGAUACACUCAAUAUUUCUUAAGUUUUAGCCCAUACCAAUAAUUACAAUUAAAAUAUUAAAAUAGUAAGAAGGGUCAAUAUAACUAUUAGGGUUUAAUUUUCGUGAAUUGCGCUAUACAGCAUAGAACUCCCACGAAUUAAGACUAUAUUACUUUAAUUAGGCAGUGAAGUAAAAUCUGUGAGUGGAGAGUAUCGUUAUUAUGUAAAAAAUACAAUAAUAAUUCUUCUAUAUUUAAUGAACAAAUAAUGAUCUCCAACCUUAAACGAGGAUACGACGACUAUUGUCUUUAAUUGAAGACUUUUUGUUAUUAACUACACUUUUACUCAAUUAAGCGUCCGUAAUGAGGAGAGACUGUUUUUUCUGAACUGCUUACGUCGGAUUCAAUAAUAUUUACGAUGCCGUCUCCACGAAGCAGCAAAUUACGUCAGGUGGGUAGUUUGAAUUAAUUUCCAUCUUAAUUUGUAAGUACAUUGAAAUGUUGUCACGAUGUAAUUCCAAAGAAUUCAAUUACAUCGUUCCGAAAAAAUGUAACAGCUCAUAUUUAGUUCAGUCGAAUAUCCGCCUUUAAGACUUUUAUUUCAAUGCAAAUACUUUUUCGCAAAUUCAUAAUACAAAAAUACGAAUUAUUUAUAAAGUUUAAUCUAAAAACUAUUCGUAACUGGAUCUUUUAUACUUUGUAGAUAUUUAAGUUAAUAAUCUUAUGACAUGUCAAUGAAAAUGCCGAAUUUUAUUUAAUUUUAUUUUAUGUUGAGCUUUAUUAUAAAUAAAAUAAUUAUGUAUGAAUAAUUUAUUCAAAAAUCGCCAGUCUUGCCUGAGUUGAGAUCGUGAAUAUUAUAAUACUUUAUUACAAGGACGAUGGGUCAACGACCCAAAAAAUGUUUUGACUCAGUAUUUCUAUUAGUUUAAGAAUUUUAUGAAUAAUAACUGUGUAGUCUUGAACACUCUAAAAUUUAUUUAUUCCUAAUGCCUACUGUUUGUUAACACGAUACUCGUUUUAUGGUCAUUUAGUUUAUCAAAUCAAUGAAUCUUCGGACUGAUGGUAUACCCUAAAAUUAUUUAUCAGUAAUUUUUAAUAACUUAAUAAUCUAAUUUUAAAUCAAACUAAACGAAUUGGAUUUACAUAAAUCUGUUGAACAUCUAUAUUAUGUUAGAUUAAUUAAAUACAAUACUCGAUUUACCUAAAGUGGUAAACUUAAGUGGUAAAGUGAUAAACAGUGAAUAACUCUAUCUUUACAUUCGGUUUCAAAAGUGAGUACUAGUUCACUAAAUACAUUAUCAUCUGUUGUUUUUGGACUUAUAUUUCUGACAACCUAAUUAUUCACACACACGUCAGACUAGCAAAUUCCGCCAUGAAAAUAUCAUUUUAACUACACUAUUAAAUAUGUAAUAAUAAAUGCUCUAAUGAAAAUCAUCAAAGUGUUACGGAAUUCGAAAAAAAAAAAAAAAAACUUUGAAAAUAAGUGUCUGUCGUUAUUAUCAAACCAACCUUGCUCCGAAUCCGCAAUGAAUGUAAAUAAUAAAAGUAAAACGAACUCCACAAAAAUGUUGCCUAAAUCUCGAUUGAACAUGAUUUUUUGUUAGACCUUGUUCCUUCCUGCAAGAGAAACUUCAUAUUAUAAAGUUUAAAAUAACUCCGCAAAUUCGUGCAGACCACGCUAUAAUUUAAAUCAAUUUACUUGUCACUCAAUACAUCUUAUUAUAAUUUGUGGCUAUAAAAGUUUUGUACAAAGUCUUAUUAAAUACCCAAGCCAGAGCCCUCCCAUAGCCGAGUAGAUAUAGAACGAAAUUAAUCUAUUUCCUACUUACUCUAUUAUCAGUUUUAACUACAACAGUACAGGAACAAAAAGUAAAACGUAUUAGUUACUAAUGUUAUUUUAAUUUAAAAUAAAAAUUUAUUAAAAAUUAUUAUUGUUACUAUUUUCCAAUGUCACUAGCUAAGUAGGUAUCAGUGUAUCCCAAACUAAGCGAUAUGCUUGUAUCUAAGGUCUGUACGUGCAUUGGAAUAUGGUUCUUAUCUUAUCUUCCUAAUUAGAGUAGGCACUUAUUAAAUGUCAUAAUGACAAUUCAGACAAGUUUUUAAAUUAGCUAAUAUUUAUGUUGAAAACAGCUAUCAAAAUCAUUGUUGGCCUUUAAUCUAAUAG